GAAGUGAUAUCACUGCCGGAUCAGCUAGAUGAGGCCGCAACCUACAUAAAGAAGCUACAAGUGAGCUUGGAGAAGAUGAAGGAGAAGAAAAACAGCUUAAAGGGGAUAGAAAAGAGUACUGGUAAUUAUUUUAAUAAUGAUGUUGGUAUGGGAAGCCAAAAAUGGCCUCAAAUUGAGGUUCAUGAAAAAGGGCCGGCUUUGGAGGUUGUUCUGAUUACUGGGUUGGAUUGCCAAUUCAUGUUUAACGAAACGAUUCGCGUUCUUCACGAAGAAGGAGCCGACAUUGUCAAUGCCAGUUUCUCAGUUGUCAAUGAAGAUACAGUUUACCACACCAUACACUGCAAAAUUGGAGAGCUCGAUCCAAGUUCUGGGGCUGCAAAGAUAUCUGAGAGGCUAAAGAAGUUUGUGGAUGAAACAAAUGCUUCUUGAUCAAGAUAUCAGCAUGAUAUAUAAUGAUGAUUAUGAUCGCUGCUUGUGAUGAGUAAAGGAAAUGUAAUGUGUGGGACUAAGUUUGGCUUCCUAUUUUUGUAAGUCUUUUUAGUAGGUCUAUCUGGAUUAAGCGAGUCCAUACGUUCUUAAUUAUUUACCAAUUUUGAGAGCCUUCUUGUAUUUCCAAAAAUAUUGGCUCUAUAUAUAAUGAUAAUGAUUAAUGAAGCUGGCUAGCUUUAGUAGAGCUAUGUUUCACUAAUUAUCGUGUGUAUCAUAUGUAUA